AAAAAACGAGAAUAGGUGUGGGGUAGCUAAUGUAUGUGGGCGUGACGAGAGCGUGGACGAUAUACCGACGGAUGUGCGAGCUGGGACGAGGAGCAGAUGCGGCGAGAGCGAAGAGAACGUGCAGAGGUAAUACAGUGGUCUAAAAUGCUGAUAUAAUGUCGUCACAGACGAGGAUGAGGAUACAACGGAAGCGAGGUGAGUCCGGGAAAGGGCGUGGGUGGCGGUCGCGAAAUGCAAGAUGCGGGGGCGAGACUUAUAUAUCAGAUACAGCGGGUGUGGCACGCGUCUCGAUAGCUAUGCGAAAUGAAAAUUAAGUGGAGUUUGUGGGCACGCUGCCGGCGGGAUCUCGAAAGCAAAUGCGAACGCAGAGAACAAUGAGCCUGUGCGGGGAGGCGCGCGAGAACAAUCGCUUGCGUGGGAUCGCGGUUACCGGAGGGCUUCGCGAAGCAGACUGGAGAACAUCGGGGCAUCGAGAGGGCAAAUGGGAGGAUGCAGACGAAAGGAGUUGCCGAAUAGAACACAAGCAAUGUGCAGUAUGAGGACAAAAG